AGCGUGCGGUCGCGGCGGCUCAACGCGCGGCGUCGGCAGCCUGAGGAGCGCCGAGGUCGUCGGGGCGGAAGCCCGCCCCGGCGCGUGAUGGCGGCGGCCCGCGGCCUUUGGGGCUGUGAGGACCCGAGCCUCUGGGCCGCCGUCCUGGGCCGCCACGGGGGAGUGCUCCGAGCGCGCGCGGGCCCCCAGGGGCGGCUGGAAGCCCUGGACCGAUGCUAUCGAGAGGCGUUGCCCGCAGCCAUCGAGGGCCGGGAGGAGAAGCACGUGACUCGAGAAGAGCUGGGGCAGCUGCUGGCUUGGAAGCUGGCACGGGGCCGCUUCAGGCAGCGCCUGCAGCAACUCGUCAGCGCCAACGCCCCGGAGUUGGUGGUGCAGCGCUCGGCUGCCGCCUUCCGCCUCCUGCCAGACAUGCACGUCGCGGUCACGGAAUUAUGCGCCCUGCGGGGCGUGGGCCCGGCCACGGCCUCGGUCUUGGCUGCAGGAGCUCCCGAGUUGGCAGCUUUCAUGUCUGAGGAGGCAGUGGCCGCGGUGCCCGGUCUGCCAGCCCUUCAGUACACCCUCAAGCACUACCUGCUGUACCUGAGCCGGGUGCAGGAGCGAGCCACAGCUCUGAGCCAUGGCAGUGCCUCAGGGCUGUGGACCCAGCAUUGUGUGGAGACAGCCCUGUGGACCUGGGCUAUAGGGCAGAAGCUGUGCCCUGACCUGCUGCCCGACCUUGGUCCCAGCCCAGCCGCCCCUGAGGACACCAGGCCAGCCAAGAAGUGCCGGACCCAGACCGACUGAUUUGGCUGUGGCCCAGAUCCUGCUCACCUGCCCUGUGACCUCAGGCCACAAGUCUCUGGGCCAGAGCCUGGCUGCUGUAGGAGCCCAAUAAAUGCUUGCUGAACUCUCA